GAGCUGCUGCAGGGCCCUGAUAGGAACGAUGUGGAGAUUUUUGCCCCCUGCCCCCAUCGCCAGCCCUGCCCCCGCCUGCAACACAACAAGAUCUGCUCCUUCGCCCAGCGCUUUGGGCCCCCACCCAGCCAUGAGCGUGAGCUGGUUUCCUUCCUGAUCGCCCGGAGGGUGGGAAACCCAGCAGCUGUGACGUCACCGGAAGUGGCCGCCAUGACGUCACAGGGGGAAGCGAUGACGUCACAGGAGGAAGCGAUGACAUCAGCACCAGAGGGGGGAUGGGCGAGGGUGACGGCCCCCGUGCGUCCCCGCCCUCGGCACGUCCCGCUGUCUUUGUGCUGUCCCGACGGGGUCUUGAGGAGGGUGACGGUGACGGCAGCGCGACACGGACGGAUGCUGUACCGCCAGGCACGCACCAGCCGCUGGGGGGACCUCCUGCCAUUCCCUGAUGGCGUUGGGAGUGACGUCACGCCCACCGACGCAAUAAAAAGCGGUGAUAAGUAGCGGUGUGACGUCAUCUUUGUUCGCCGGUUGGCAGAAACUACAAUUCCCAGCGGCCCGUGCGCCGCGCAUGCGCGGUUACUGAAAGUCCGCAGGCCCCUGAG